AUGUCGUCGGAUUCUGUUCCAUCGGCAAUGCCUCCAAACAAAGAGUGUGUAGAAGAAGAAGAUGUAUGGAGUGGAGACCAUGAAGACGAACAAGAGGUAUGGAGUAGUCCUUCAAACAAAAAGUGUGGUGAAAUAGAUACUAGCAGAGUUGGGAAGGAGGCAACAGAAAAUUGUGAAGAUGAAGUUGAAGAACUGAAAGAGGGAAUGACCUUUGACACAUCGGAGGAAGCUUAUUCAUAUUACUCAAGAUAUGCUAAAGAAAAAGGGUUUGCUGUGGCAAAAAGAACAUCGAGAAAGGGAAAAGAUGGAAAGUUGAAGGAUUUAACUAUAGCAUGCAGUCGUGCUGGAAAGGCAAGGGUGACAACAAGCAAUCCGGUCAAACCACGGCCACAAUCAAAAAUUGAUUGUCAAGCUCAUGUUACCAUUGUGUUGCACCCGAAUGGAAAGUGGAGGUUAAACCGGGUUGCUUUAGUUCACAAUCAUGAACAGAGCCCGGGAAAGGCAAGGUAUUUGAGGAGCAAUAGGGCACUCGAUGAACACGUGAAAAGAAAACUUGAAUUGAAUGAUAAAGCUGGGAUCAAUCUGAACCAAACUUAUACCUCACUUCAGAUUGAGGCUGGGGGACCUGGUAAGCUUCCAUAUAUCCAGAAAGAUUGCCGGAAUCAUGUGGAUAAAGCUGAUGCAAGGAGUAGGGCAGCUUGUAAGGAAUUCGGUGAUGUUGUGACCUUUGACACAACUUACUUGGUAAACAGGCAUGACAUGCCUUUUGCUCCGUUUGUAGGCGUGAAUCAUCAUGGCCAGUCUGUUUUAUUGGGAUGCGGGCUCAUCUUUCACGAAGACACGGAGUCAUUUUCGUGGUUAUUUGAGACUUGGAAGACAUGCAUGUGGGAUUGUGCUCCGAAAGCAAUUAUUACCGACCAAUGUAUGGCCAUGAAGAAUGCCAUAGAAGAUAUAUUCCCUAACACCCGACAUCGAUGGUGCAUAUGGCAUAUUAUGAAAAAGAUCCCAGAAAAGUUGAAUGGGUGCAAUGCCUAUGAGAAUAGUAGUUGGUGUAUGCAUAGGGCAGUUUAUGCUUCACUUACCAUAAAACAAUUUGAGGAUGCUUAG